UAGAGACAGGAGAGCAGGUGUGUCAGGCCAGGUUUCCUUGGCUCCACCCCGUCCGUCCCUUUCCCCCAAACAGCAGAAGUUGGCCGGCUCCUGUGGGACCGGAGUCACCUCAGCAGCACCCGGCACACCUGCGACAUGGCCCAGAGAGAUGCCUCCCUCUGCAGCAUGCAGCACCUCACCUCUGUCCCACGGGCCGCCCUGCUCCUCUGCCUGGGCUUUGCCUCCUUCCACUCGGCUUGCUGGGCAGAAACCACCAGCAGCAACAACUCAACCUUGACCACCCGCCACCCAGGUCCAGGGACCCUGGAACAGUGCCCCAGUGUUGACUUCUGCCCCCAGGCAGCCCGGUGCUGCCAAGCGGGAGUGGACGAAUACGGAUGGAUCGCGGCUGCCGUGGGCUGGAGUCUCUGGUUCCUCACCCUCAUCCUGCUCUGCGUGGACAAACUGAUGAAGCUCACUCCAGAGGAGCCCAAGGACUCGCAAGCAUGAGAUGCGUCCCAGCCCCGAGAUCGGCCUCGCCUCCACCGGUCUCCCCAUUCCAAGACAGACAUCAGUCAAGUCGAUGCCUCAGCCAAGGACGACAUGCACAGUAUUUCCACUGUAGGAUGCUGAUUUAUUAAAUUCCAUUUUACUUUGAAUCUGAGAUAGUAUUGCCUUUCAUUUGUAUCAGAGUUAGCAUUUUUCUUUUCAUGUGAAUUUUUAAAAAGAUGCCUAUAAGAAAAAUCUUAGGAGCAUGCAAUUUAGUUGAAUUAAAAAAUAAAAUGUAUAUCUGUUACUAAACUCCUGGAUUUGGACAGAUUCUCACCUUCAGGUAUGCCAGGGUUGUGCUAGGUUUGGGAAGAAAUGAAGGAAGGAAA